AGAGGAAGUCAUACCAACAGGAGACCGACACCGAGUACACCAUGGUGAGUUCGGGUGAUUGGAGCAAAGCGUGCACGCAGGAAUGGCACGCGCAACACAUAGAGGUCAAGGAGGCGAUCUUGGUCGAGGUCGAUGAGGACCAUGGGUGGGAUGUGCGCAUGGUCGAAGAAAGAGUGCCCGAUGUUUGGAUGGUCGAGGAUGAAUCUUUGAGGACAAGGAAAGUCUCGAAGAGGAGGGGAAUGAUACGGAAGUGGGUUUCGGACCCCUGCGACAAGAAGGGCCAAGAGCCAAGAGGGCCCGAUGAGGCUGUAAAUAGGGCCAAAGUGAUGCAAGCAUGGCCUAAAAGACGGGUACGAGCGCGUAUGCAGAUGGACUUGGAUGGAGGAGUGCAUGGACGUGAUGCACGAGCGCACGAAGUGGCUAAUGAGGGUCGCGCAUGGAGGUGCGUGAGGGCACGCAAGAAGGUGGUCUCAAGGCUAGUAACGCUCACACGCACGGAGAG